AUGAAAUAUCAUUUCAAAUCUAUUCGCUUUGAUUUUCUCGUUCGUUUUUUAUUCGUUAAACGAGAAAAAUUUCCAAUGAAAAAAAUAUUGGAUUUGGCGGAUAAAGGCAAAUAUGACGACGACCAAACAUGGUCGAUUCACCAGUCGGCGAAUCGGUCCAUCGGUCAGUUGGUCGAUCCGCCAGUCGGCCAAUCGGUUCGUCAAUCAGUUGGUCGAUCCGCCAGUCGGCCAAUCGGUCCGUCAAUCAGUUGGUCGAUCCGCCAGUCGGCCAAUCGGUCCGUCAAUCAGUUGGUCGAUCCGCCAGUCGGCCAAUCGGUCCGUCAAUUAGUUGGUCGAUUCGCCAGUCUGCCAAUCGGUCCAUCGGUCAGUUGGUCGAACCGCCAGUCGGCGAAUCGGUCCGUCGAUCUCGAUCAAGCGAAUUAUUGCGAGAAAUCAUUGCAAUCCUCUCAUUUACGAAACGAAACGAAAUUUAAAAAUAGUCGUUUAUCGUCGUUAACGAUGCCAGAAACAUAUAAUAAUACAACAAAUUUGCAACAAAAAAAUCGAAAUAUUUCCGAAUGGUUAAAAGGACUCGAUGGAUUCAAUUUCAUUAUUCCACUCAUAUCCGAUAGUAGUGUUAAAGAUAUUGAUUUUGAGUGA